AGGGUACAUAUAGAAAUACAAUUAUAAUAGGAUACAGAUUCCCCUAUCCGCGGAACAUUCAAAAGUAUAUCCAGGUAUAGUAAAAACCCACCAAUCUCUUAACCUUUUGAAAUCCCAGAAACCCAACAGAGAAAAUCAUGCCAGGAAAGAAUUCAAAAACAAGUGCUGUGGCUGAAGAAGCAGAAGAAGUUGCUGGAGCUUCACCAAGAAUCAAGCUUGCAGAUGGAAGGCAUCUGGCCUACAGAGAAAGUGGGGUCCCCAAGAACAAGGCAAACUACAAGAUCAUCAUGGUUCAUGGCUUUGGAAGCUCCAAGGAAAUGAGUUUCCUGGCUCCCCAAUGGUUCAGUUUCCAGGAAUUAAUUGAUGAAUUGGGGAUAUAUUUCCUGCUCUACGACCGGGCAGGUUAUGGAGAAAGUGAUCCAAAUCCAAAGCGUUCGGUCAAGAGUGAAGCCCUUGACAUCGAACAACUAGCCGAUCAGUUAGAGCUAGGCUCGAAGUUUUAUGUCAUUGGAGUCUCAAUGGGAUCAUAUUCCACCUGGAGUUGCAUCAAACAUAUACCACAGAGGCUCGCAGGUGUGGCCUUAGUAGUUCCAGUUGUCAAUUACCAAUGGCCUUCUCUUCCCAAGAAACUGAUAAAGGAUGAUUAUCGGAGAAAACUCAUCCAUUGGGGCCUCUUGUUUGCAGAAUUUGCCCCAGGACUACUGCGGUGGUGGGUAACUCGGAAAUGGCUCCCCUCAACGUCUGUCAUGGAAAGAAACCCGGUAUUCUUCAACAGCAAAGACAUGGAUGUCCUCAAAAUAAUACCAGGCUUCCCAAUGCUGACUCAGGAGAAUCUACGGCGACGAGUGGUUUUCAAUACUCUGCAUCGUGACUUCAAAUUGGCUUUCACCCCUUGGGAUUUCGAUCCAAUGGAUCUCAGUAACCCAUUCCCACAAAACCAGCGGUCUGUUCACAUUUGGCAAGGUUACGAAGAUAAGGUUGUGCCGUUUCAACUUCAGAGAUUCAUUUCAAGUAAGCUGCCGUGGAUUCAGUAUCACGAAGUUCCCGAUGGCGGACAUUUGAUUGUGCAUUAUGCCGGUUUAAGUGAGGCGAUUCUGAGGGCGCUUUUGCUCGGAGAAGAACAUCCUCGUUACAAACCUAGUAUACCCAAACUUGUUUCAUAGUGUGUUAAAUAUUAUUCUUAAAAUGUCCAAAAGUGUUGAUUGUGUAAAUGGUUAAUUCUUUUAAAGCAAGCAAUGUACAUUAGAUUUGUUGUUAUUGGAAGAAGAAAGUUUCUUUCUUUUAGAAAA